AUGUCUUCAUCUACUGAGAGACGACCGUCUACUAGUCUUGAUGGUACCGACGAUAUUCGAGCCGGAGAAGCUUUACAUCGUACGGAAACAUGCAAUAUUGUCAUUUUUGGAGAAACGGGAGCUGGUAAAAGCUCCUUGGUCAAUUUAAUCACUGGGACACAAUCGGCGCCGACGUCCUCUGACGCCAUGGGAUGUACCACUCAAACGAACGUUUACGAGCAUGACGUCGUGAUUCAGAACAAGACCUUGAAGGUAAAGCUUUUUGAUACGGCCGGUCUUGAUGAGGGCUCUGAGGGAACAGUCCCCAAUAAGGAAGCUCAAAAAGGUUUGAAGAAGCUCCUUCAAACUCUUAUGGAGCAUGAUGGCAUUCAUCUCCUCGUGUACUGCGUGCAGGGCACGAGAGAGAGCAGGGCGCUCCACCGGAACUACAUGUCGUUGUAUUCCAAAGUUAAAGAGAAAGUUCCGAUCGUCAUUGUCGUUACACGUUUGGAAAACCAAGACCCAGACAUGGAGCAAUGGUGGAGGAAAAACGAGCCAUCCAUCUCAAACCUCAAUAUGACCCUCGCUGGCCAUGCAUGUGUCACCACAGUGACCAUCGACGAAAAUGACAGUGACAGGCUCAAACAGCGUCGCGAACAGUCAUAUCAUACCCUCUGCGAACUUAUCGAGCAGUGUCGCUUGCCCAAUGAGAAAGGCGUUCGCGAUGUCGAAUGGGCAUGCGAUGACCAUGAAAGGGACCACCCGCGGAGCGUAAUUGUCUGCGACUCUGCUGUCGCAGCCCCUAUGAAUGUUUGCAACAUCGCGGGCGUCAUUAGUGGCGCGUGGGUCAGAUCCACGGUAGUCAUACGCGGGCAUUACUACAUGUUCCAGCGCGUAACUGCACCCUAUCCACCCGCAAAACGGUCAAAGGGGGGCGUUGGUUUCGAACCUUGCCUGUUGAUUUUUUACGCAAACAAGGGCGUGUCUGUCAACACGCAGAGAAUGGAGGUGCAGAAGUUUCGCAAGGUCUACGCGAAAUCCAAGGUCAGCUUAGUUGUUGUGGUCUGUGGCUGCGACAGUGAUGAAGAUGCGAAAGGAUGGUGGGAAGGGUCAAAUGACACUGGUAUGGACUUGUCAGCGCCAUCCAUUGCUUUCACACAUUUACCUCGAGAUGCGUCGGAACAUUCUGAGAGUGCUCAAGACGCACUCCAAAAGUUGAUUUGGGAGCUGUCUCGCCCUGGAGAACCUCGUAGUUCAGUGGUCCGAGACCUUCUCAAUCGCGUGUGGGGGUAUCUAACAAGAGUCAGCUAGCGUAAUUUUCCAAAGGUUCCUAUGAUUGUAGAUGAUGAUCAGUUCAGACACCG